UGGCCGCCCUGGUGUUUUGACGAAUAAUACUUUUGUGUUUGUUUCAUUCUUAAAGGAAAUCCGAUAUAAAAUCCUAACAGCCGCGGGUAGAGCAUAUAGAUGGUGUAUAAGACCGAUGUUUUAAUUUAAGCGGACAAUCACGGUGUAUUGUUAGUUGUUGUAUUGUUUUAUACUAUGCACUUUUGGGGUUUGUGAGGCAGCUAGCUAGUUAGCUAGCAAAAUAAUUUUAGGUAAAAAUUAAAAGAAAAGCGAUGGAAGAGCUCAGCGCCGACGAGAUUCGGAGAAGGCGGCUGGCACGGUUAGCUGGAGGACCGACGUCACAGCCGACCACCCCUCUGAGCACGCCGCUGACUUCACCACAAAGAGAGACCCCUCCAGGUCCACUGCCCGGGCCCUCUGGGGCCUCACCACAGCCUCUCCCACCAGCACCAUCUCAUUCUCUGGGCUUGAAUGCCCAAAAUGUGACGCCUGCCACUUCCCCAAUGGGGGCUUCGGGGGUGGCUUAUCGCAGCCAGAGCAGCGAGGGAGUCAGCUCUCUCUCCAGCUCCCCAUCGAACAGCCUUGAGACUCAGUCUCAGUCUCUGUCCAGGUCUCAAAGCAUGGACAUUGACCCGACAUCCUGCGAAAAGAACAUGUCCCAGGUGGAUGUGGACUCAGGAAUUGAGAACAUGGAAGUGGAGGAUAGUGAUCGCAGGGAGAAACGCAACCUGGCUGAGAAGGACUCCUCAUCUAACCAAGAUGUGUCUGAGGAGCAGGCUCUGCAGCUCAUCUGCAAAAUUCUUCGUGUCUCCUGGAAGGAGCAAGACCGUGAUGUCAUCUUUCUGCCUUCACUUGCAGCAGAGUUUCAGCAAAGUCCAAAAGAAGUCUAUUCUGACUUCAAAGAUCUGAUUGGCCAGAUUUUGAUGGAAGUUCUUAUGAUGUCUACCCAAUCACGUGACUGCAACCCCUUUGCUAGUUUGACGGCCACAUCACAGCCAAUCACUGCUGCCAAAUCUCCAGACCGCCACCUGACGCUGGUCCCGCCUUCCAGCCAGGGAAACAGUCCCAUGAUGCCCUGUGGAGGCUCAUUUGGUGCCAGCUCUCUAUCUAGUCUGUAUGGAUGUAGUCCAUACCUUGGUCAAAAUUCUUCCAGGAUGAGUGCUCCAUCUGUCCUGCAACCCUUAACUCCGCCUUCACCUCCACCUCCCUCUGCUGUUUUACCCCCACCCCAACCUGUACCUUCAGCUGCGCAACAGUAUUCUCAGAGUCAGUCAGCACUACGCCUUAAUUCCCCCUGUCCAACCCCAUCUGCUCCCCUUCCCAUAUCUCAGAGAUACAGACCAUACACACUCGGCUCCUCUCAGGGCUCAUCGGUCCCCAUGAGCCUAAGCCCUAGAUCUGGCCUGUCUACUCCAACCAACACUCCAUCCACACCCUUGACUCCACAGCCUGCCCCUCUGCCAUCCCCUAGACCCCAUAGUCGUCAAACACCUGCCCCGUUUCCCUUCGUUCCGGGCUCUCCCACUACUACAGCCAGAAGACCUGCCCUGGCUUCCUGGAUGUCUUCUAGCCCCUUCCCGCUCCUUUUCUUUGCCCUGUCUGACAUGCCUCAAGACAGCAGUGAUGAAGAGUUGGAAGAUGACAACGAGGAGGAGGAGGAUUUUUCUGGGGUUCAGUUUGGGUCAAGCUUGGGUGCAUCUGGUGGUGGAUUGGCUGGUGAUUCGGGCAGUGACCGAUUUACCAUUGAGGCAUGUAAAGAGACUGAGAUGCUGAACUACCUCAUUGAGCGCUUUGACAGUGUGGGCAUGGAGGAGAGGAAAGCUCCCAAGAUGUGCAGCCAGCCGGUGGUCAGUCAGCUGCUCAGCAACAUACGCUCCCAGUGUAUUUCCCAUGCUGCUCUUGUGCUGCAGGGGGCCCUUACCCUGCCCAGGGCCCCACUGCAGCCGUCUCUUUUGGUGCCCUACAUGCUGUGCCGAAAUCUUCCGUACGGCUUUAUCCAGGAGCUGGUUCGCAUGACUCACCAGGAGGAGGAAGUGUUUAAACAGAUCUUUGUCCCCAUUCUCCAAGGGCUUGCGUUAGCUGUAAAAGAAUGUUCCUUUGACAGCGACAACUUUAAAUAUCCUCUAAUGGCUUUAUCUGAGCUUUGUGAAAUUAAGUUUGGAAAGACGCACCCCUUGUGCAAUUUGAUCACCUCACAGCCGAUGUGGUGUCCUGAUCCCUUAAGCCCUGGGGCAGGCAGAGAGAUCCAGAGACUUUCAUUCCUCGGCGCGUUCUUCAGUCUUUCUGUAUUUGCAGAGGAUGAUACAAAAGUGGGCGAUAAAUACUUCUCAGGCCCUGCUAUUACUAUGGAGAACACUCGCGUGGUCAGUCAGUCCUUACAACACUAUCUGGAAUCUGCCAGGGGUGACCUGUUUAAAAUCCUCCAUAAUAUCUUGCUGAACGGAGAAACAAGGGAGGCUGCUCUCAGCUACAUGGCAGCUGUGGUGAAUCGUAAUGUGAAGAAGGCUCAGAUGCAGACAGACGAUAAACUGGUGUCGACAGACGGCUUCAUGAUGAACUUCCUAUGGGUGCUACAGCAGCUGAGUAUGAAGAUUAAGCUAGAGACAGUGGAUCCCCUCUACAUCUUCCACCACAAGUGUCGGCUAAACGUGAGCCUCGAGGAGACACGGCUUAAAUCCAGCCUGGAGGAACUGAAGAGUUGGCUUGCAGAGCUGCAUGCAGAUUCUUCCAAGUUCUCAGAGCCCAAAUUCCCUACAGAAUGUUUCUUCCUGACACUACAUGCACACCACCUGUCCAUCUUGCCUGGAUGCCGUCGAUAUAUUCGCAGACUAAGAGCCAUUAGAGAUCUUAACAGAACUGUAGAGGAGCUGAAAAACAGCGAAAGCCAGUGGAAAGAUUCUCCCUUGGCCACUCGUCACAGGGAGAUGUUGAAAAGAUGCAAAACCCAGUUGAAGAAAUUGGUACGUUCCAAAGCGUGUGCUGAUGCUGGCCUGCUGGAUGAGAAUCUACUGCGCAGAUGUCUCCAGUUCUACAGUACAGUCAUUCAGCUUAUCAUGCGCAUCGUAGACCCUGCCUACCCGAGUGUUACCUUGCCCCUGAAUCCUGAAAUCCCUAAAAGCUUUGCUGCACUGCCUGAGUUUUACAUUGAGGAUGUUGCGGAGUUUAUGCUUUUUAUUGUGCAGUAUUCUCCUCAGGUUCUGUAUGAGCCAUGCACUCAGGACAUCGUGACCUUCCUGGUGGUGUUCAUCUGCAGUGAGAACUACAUCAGAAACCCCUACUUGAUUGCCAAGCUGGUGGAGGUAUUGUUUGUUACCAACCCAGCUGUUCAGCCUCGUACUCAGCGCUUCUUCGAGAUGAUUGAGAACCACCCACUGUCAGUCAACCAGCUUGUUCCUGCUCUCAUGAAGUUUUACACAGAUGUGGAACAUACAGGAGCUACUAGCGAGUUCUAUGACAAGUUUACCAUUCGCUACCAUAUCAGUACCAUUUUUAAGAGCCUUUGGCAAAAUAUUGGCCAUCAUGGCACUUUCCUUGAGGAGUUCAACUCCGGGAAGCAAUUUGUGCGCUACAUUAACAUGUUAAUCAAUGACACAACAUUCCUCCUGGAUGAGAGCUUGGAGUCUCUGAAGCGCAUCCAUGAGAUCCAGGAAGAGAUGAAGAACAAGGAGCAGUGGGAUCAGCUACCCAGGGAGCAGCAGCAGAGUCGCCAGUCGCAGCUGACUCAGGAUGAGCGAGUGUCUCGUUCUUACCUGGCUUUAGCAACAGAGACUGUGGACAUGUUCCACAUUUUAACCAAACAAGUCCAGAAGCCUUUUCUUCGCCCUGAACUGGGUCCACGACUGGCUGCCAUGCUGAACUAUAACCUCCAGCAGCUGUGUGGGCCUAAGUGUCGUGACCUGAAGGUAGAAAACCCAGAGAAAUAUGGUUUUGAGCCCAAAAAGCUGUUGGACCAGCUCACUGAUAUUUACCUGCAGCUCGACUGUGCACGCUUUGCUAAAGCCAUCGCUGAUGACCAGAGAUCAUAUAGCAGGGAACUCUUCGAGGAAGUAAUUUCUAAAAUGAGGAAGGCAGGUAUCAAAUCCACCAUCGCCAUCGAGAAAUUUAAGCUGCUGUCCGAGAAGGUUGAGGAGAUAGUGGCACGAAACUCUCAGUCUGAGAUGGAUUACAGUGACGCUCCUGAUGAGUUUAAAGAUCCUCUGAUGGACACGCUUAUGACUGAUCCUGUUCAACUGCCUUCUGGAAAUAUAAUGGAUCGUUCCAUCAUCCUGCGACACCUUUUAAACUCUCCAACCGACCCCUUCAAUAGGCAACCUCUCACUGAAAGCAUGCUGGAGUCAGUUCCCGAGCUGAAAGAACGUAUCCAUGCUUGGAUGAGGGAAAAGCAAGGAGGACGCUUUUCUCAGUGAGCUACAUUUGCCGUCAGUCGUUUUUUUUUUCUGCGCCAGAAAUCAAGUUUAAGCAAGAGAAAAAGGCAAAGGGUUUUUUUUUUUUUUUUUUUUUUUUGGUUAUCAAUUUUUCCCUUUUUUUUCCAUCUUAAAGGCUCUUGGUUCCAAAUUGAAGCAUAAUAAAGGUUAGACUUUUAAAACAUUUUGCUUUUGACUUUGUAUAUAUAUUACAUAUAUACCUAUAUUUAAUUCAGUGGAGAUGUACCAAGAGAUAGAGAAACAAAGGAAACUGUUUGUCCUGAAAAAAAAAAAACAAAAAAAAAGUUGCAAAUUUAAAUUGGUCUUUUUUUUUAAGUGAUUGUUUUUUGGUGUCAUGAAAUAGGCUCUUGCUGUUUUUUACAGUACAGGAGAAGACAGGAAAUAUUGUGCUGAAUCACUCCGUUUUAAAUUACAUUGCUAUUCUAUAACCAUGCAGCCUAUGUGCAUGAGUGAAAACACAUUACUAUUAUGUAUCAGUCAUAAAACUGACUAACUGGGCCCUGGUUGUUAAUGUAUACUGAUGGACAAAGAAAAUAGCUCAAAAUGAACAUGGUAGGUUGUUUUUGAAAAAUAAAAGAAUAGAUGUUAACAUUAUGGAAGAUCGUCAGAGGAGUAUCAGUGGAUUGCAGAAGUUGUAUUACAAACGUUUUACAUGAAUAAUGCACAAGUGGUCACUCAAGCACCUCAUUUAGCAUUUCCAUAGUGUUAAAGCUGAAACCUCAGAUAAGAACAGAGAAUGUGAAACAGUUUACAGCAUGAUCGUGAUAAAAAAUUAUGCCAGUAAAUGCAGUGGCUUUUUUUUGUUUGUUUUUGUUUUUCUUUAUUUUUCUUCCUGUUUUUUUUUUUUUUUUUUUAAUCCUUGCAGUUUUAUACAAUGAAUUAAUUGAUGAUUUCAUGCUCUUCAUAUUAGCCCUGGAUAUUGAACUUCAUCGUGAAUUAAAAGAGUUAAACGUUUUCACGCAAGGUUUAACUACACAGGAACUCGCUUCCUUUGCUACAAACAUUUUUUUGGAUCCAGGACUUGAGUGUAAUAAAUGGUGAUGCACACAUAA